AUGGCGGUUCGCGCUCGCUUUGAGAAUUCGAAUGAGGUUGGUGUGUUCGCGACAUUGACGAAUUCCUACGCAUUGGUGGCCAUUGGCUCGUCGGAGAACUUCUAUAGCAUUUUCGAAGCAGAGUUGCAAGAUGUCAUCCCGAUAUGUCAUGCUACCAUCGCCGGUACGAGGAUUGUGGGACGAUUAACCGCUGGAAACCGCAAAGGCCUUCUUGUUCCCACGUCAACCACAGAUCAAGAACUCCAACACCUGCGCAACUCGCUCCCAGACGCCCUCUCGUCCAUCCAGAUCUAG